AUAUUUAUAUAUUUUAUAGUAUGGUAUACAUGUAAUUUAACAAUAUGUUGCUAUCUCUUCAUACAUGCUUAUCCGCAUCAUUAUUUUUGCCUAUUUCUUUUUAUAAAGAGAUUUGUGUUACAAAAACUUGUCACAUUCUCUAAUCUCUUCUACGACUCUCCACUAUUUUUUCUAGCCAUGUCUCUACCAAACGAUAUAGAGACAAAGAUAUAUGUUGCAGGUUUGCCUUGGAUCACAAAAACUGAAAGCCUUCGGAAUUACUUUGAACAAUUUGGAGAAAUUGUUUAUGCUAAUGUUGUUUGUGAUAGAGCAACCAAACGAUCAAAGGGUUUCGGGUUUAUCACAUUUAAAGAAGCUGAAUCUGCAAAUAGAGCUUGCGAGGAUCCGAAUCCAACUAUAGACGGACGAAAGACCAGUUGCAAACUUGCUUAUCUUGGUGCUAGGGUUCACAAUAACCAAUCAAACGAAAACGGUCUAGCUAUUUGCGUAGAACCCUACUGGAACCAGUAUCAUUGCCACUGGCAGUAUUAUCAGCAGUAUUACGAAUAUUACCCUUGGUUUAGCAUCUAUCCGUAUUAAACGCAAUCUCAACCAUGAGAUACAUAGAGCUUCUUGUUCUGUUACAUUAUCAUAGUCAAUUUGGUUUAAUUUUUCUGACUUUAUAUUGGUAAAUUUAUUUAUUAUGCAUCUGCAGAAUUGUUUCUCCUCUUUUUCAGCUGAAACAUAAUAUAAUUUAUGCCAUAAAAAGACUCUUUUAAGAGCAUAAAAGAAUUUAUUCUUGCAAGAACGCCUUCCUUAAGUUGCAAAAAAAAAAAAAAGAACGCCUUCCUUAAACUGCAAUAUGCUUUUAUUCGAGUCUCGAUGAAUCCAUGAAUCUAUUGCGUGGCUUCCUCGUAUCUGUUAAAAAAAUAUAGACUAGAAGAGGGAAAAGCGCUUUAUUAGAUUCUUCGGGAAAGUAGAGUCGAUAUAUUUAAAACUAUGCGUCAAGCUCGAAAAAGAUACAACCACCAUGCAUUAUUGAAGAAAAGUGGGGAAAUUAAUCAGGUGAAUUGCUUGGUCAAUUGGGCAAUUACAUUUCAACCAAAGAUGUGCUCUGUUUUUGUUAGUACUCAUCAAAAGAGUAUAGUUUAUAUAAUUAUAGAUAAACAGUUUAAUAUAUCUUUACAAGUAGUACUAAUGACCAGCACAAAAAUAUCAUCAAAAUACAGUGAAAGAAACUAUAGUGUAUAUCUAUGGUUGAUUAUUCAAUAUAGAUCUCAUAUAUCUGUAGAGCAACGAGUCCCCUGUAUUGAACCUAAUGGAGAAGUGGUCAUGUUCGGUCCAAAAGCCACUAGUGCAACACAAUUCACAUUAAACCGGUAUGCGC